AUGGAGGGUAAUUUCUACAUGGAACAAUUUGCCAUUGGAAUACUCAGUAAAAAAACCAUUAAAAAACUCAACAACGAAAUUUGGACGCAAAAAUGGCUGCAACAAAAUAGAUCCAGAUGGUGGAUACAGACGAAUAAAGCAAAAAAUGUUAAUUGGGAACUGACUUGGAAAACAGUACAGCCAUCAGAAAUCUCAUCUUUCACUUCAAGUUUUGAAGAAGCCUCGCUACGGAAAUUCGCCUUCAAACUGAUGAAUGAUGAACUACCAACUUUAUCAAACAUUUUAAAGAGAAACCCCUUGUUAUAUAAAAUUGAAAAGCGUCCAUUUUACCAACUAGAAAUUGAAAAUAACAUCCACGUAUUCACAUGUCCAUCUCAAACUAAUAUAAAUCCAUUGGAGAACCUGAGGAAACAGUUCAUAAAAAUUAUUGUCCAGCAAAAAAAUGACAUUUUAAAAGAAAAUUUAAAACAAUAUACAGCUGAUUUUGUGUUAAGAGAUCAACAUUUAAUGGAAUAA